AUGACUUCAAGAUCUGCAGGAUAUUCUACCAAUGAAGAUGUGCUAUUAUGCGGAGUUUAUCUAGAUGUUUCACAAGAUCCCAUUAUAGGUAAACAACAAUCUAGUCAACGUUUUUGGAGUCGGGUGGCAGAAGCAUAUGAAAUUGCAAAGAAUGAGUUUUGGGAGUCCCGCAACCCACGAUCUUUGCAAUGUCGAUUGCAAGUUAUUGAGAAGGCUAUAAGAAAAUUGAAUGGUUGUUAUCAACAAGUUGAAAACUUACAUCCUAGUGGUGCUUCAGAGCAAGAUCUGCUCAAUCAAGUGAAAAAUUUACUAAUGCAAGAUCCAAGCUAUAAAAAAGGAUUCAAAUUUGACCAUGUUUGGAGCAUGAUGAAAGAUGCUGAGAAGUUUAAAGAUUGUAGCUCUAGAAAAAAUAGUUCAAAAUCAAAGCUCCUCUUAUGUGUCCUCAGAGUCGGACAAUCCUACUCCUGA